CACCUGGCGGCGGGCUCUCCUCCCCGCCCCUGGGCGGCCGGGCCCGCUCCGCUCCGCUCCGCGCCGCUCCCCGCCCCGCCGGSCCGGCCCUGUGCAUUGUGGUCCGGCGGCGGGGGGCGAACAUGGCCGAGAAGCAGAAGCACGAUGGGCGGGUGAAGAUCGGCCACUACGUGCUGGGGGACACGCUGGGGUUGGUGAGCACCAGCUGACGGGGCACAAAGUAGCAGUGAAAAUAYUGAACAGGCAGAAAAUCCGCAGCCUGGAUGUGGUUGGGAAGAUCAAACGAGAAAUUCAAAACCUGAAACUCUUCCGGCACCCUCACAUUAUCAAACUGUACCAGGUCAUCAGCACACCAACAGACUUCUUCAUGGUCAUGGAGUACGUGUCCGGCGGGGAAUUGUUUGAUUACAUCUGCAAGCACGGACGUGUGGAGGAGGCUGAAGCUCGGCGCCUUUUCCAGCAGAUCCUCUCUGCUGUGGAUUACUGCCACAGGCACAUGGUGGUGCACAGGGACCUGAAGCCAGAGAACGUGCUGCUGGAUGCCCACAUGAAUGCAAAGAUAGCUGAUUUUGGGCUGUCCAAUAUGAUGUCCGAUGGUGAAUUCCUACGCACCAGCUGCGGCUCCCCGAAUUAUGCAGCCCCUGAAGUCAUCUCUGGAAGGCUCUAUGCUGGCCCAGAGGUGGACAUCUGGAGCUGUGGUGUCAUCCUCUACGCCCUCCUGUGUGGCACCCUGCCUUUUGAUGACGAGCACGUCCCCACCUUGUUCAAGAAGAUCCGGGGGGGAGUAUUUUACAUCCCUGAAUACCUCAACCGCUCCGUGGCCACGCUCCUCAUGCACAUGCUGCAGGUGGACCCCCUCAAGCGAGCCACCAUCAAGGACAUCAGGGAGCACGAGUGGUUCAAGGAGGAGCUGCCCAGUUACCUGUUCCCCGAGGACCCUUCCUACGACGCCACGGUGAUCGACGACGACGCGGUGCGCGAGGUGUGCGAGAAAUUCGAGUGCACCGAGUCGGAGGUGAUGAACAGCCUGUACAGCGGCGACCCCCAGGACCAGCUGGCCGUGGCUUACCACCUGGUCAUCGACAACCGCCGCAUCAUGAACCAGGCCAGCGAGUUCUACCUGGCCUCCAGCCCUCCCACCGGCUCCUUCAUGGACGACAGCGCCCUGCACAUCCCGCCGGGCGUCAAGCCGCACCCCGAGCGGAUGCCGCCGCUCAUCGCCGACAGCCCCAAAGCUCGCUGCCCUCUGGACGCCCUCAACACCACCAAGCCAAAGCCCCUGACGGUCAAAAAGGCCAARUGGCACCUGGGGAUCCGCAGCCAGAGCAAACCCUAUGAUAUUAUGGCCGAGGUGUACCGGGCGAUGAAGCAGCUGGACUUUGAGUGGAAGGUGGUGAAUGCCUACCACCUGCGGGUGCGCCGCAAGAACCCCGUCACSGGCAACUACGUGAAGAUGAGCCUGCAGCUCUACCAGGUGGACAACCGCAGCUACCUGCUGGACUUCAAGAGCAUUGAUGAUGAGGUGAUGGAGCAGAGGUCUGGCUCCUCCACGCCCCAGCGCUCCUGCUCGGCCGCGGGUUUGCACCGGCCACGCCUGAGCAUCGACGCGGCCGCGGCCACCGAGUGCCAGGCACUGAUGGGCUCCCUGAGCGGCUCCUUCGUGGGCAGCAUCCCCUCGGUGCCCCCACGCCUGGGCAGCCACACCAUGGACUUCUUYGAGAUGUGUGCCAGCCUCAUCAUGGCCCUGGCCCGCUGAUGGCACCGCCAGGAUCUGCGCUGACUCACCCGCCCCUGGUUUCUUUCACAUCCUCGUUCUUCUCCUCCUCCUCCUCCUCCCCYGGYCACUCCACGGAGCCAAGUCCAAAUCCAAAACCUGCUCCCCUCUGACAAGGCACRGAGGAAGUUAACUUCAUUUCUCUCCUGGUGCCUGGUGAAAUUUAUCCAGUAUCCUUUUUUUUUUUURACCUAGUGAACACCGUGGGCAAUGUGGAGGCUGUAAAGUAACAAAGGUAUCACUGAGUUUUUGGGAAACACCUCCCCCCUGGUUCAUCCUGAGUUAAGGGAGGCACAGCCAAGGUUCCUACAGGAGGGUUGAUGUCUCCCCAUUGCUGUGCAGAGCAGGGGCACGAUGGGCUGGGCCAGGGCAGAGGUGUUGACCAGGAGCUCUAUGAAAUGGAGUGGAGGGGCCAUGAAGCAACUCUGCAGUGUUCACACCCGGCUAAUCGGCCUCUCUUAACACUUUUCUCCCCAAAACAGCAGCUGCUUAGAUGCUUCUGCACUAGUGCAAUACGGCCUCCCUCCCCUGUCUUUUUCCCUCUGCUAAAGAUGGGGAGGGAAAGUGAGAUGUGCAGAGGUCCUGUGGCAAACCUGCCAUGGGGAGGUUUGCAGAGGAGCGUCCCUAAGGUGCUUUAUUUCCUCCCGAGAGCUCCGGACAGCACUGACCCGCUCCCYACGUUCGGAGCUGAAGGCAGAUCGCCUUUUCCCAACCUUCACCAUCACCUCCCUCCUACCUGCUGGUUCUCUCUGCCU